CAAAAUGGCGGGAGAAAACCUAACAUGUGAAAAGAUCUUCGCCAUGGAGGACGAGUACGGGUGUCAUAAUUACAAACCACUUCCUGUAGCUCUGAGCCGUGGAAAGGGCGUAUUCGUAUGGGAUGUUGCUGGCAAGAGAUAUUACGACUUUCUGAGCGCGUACUCCGCGGUGAACCAGGGUCACUGCCAUCCACGAAUUAUCAACGCUCUCAAGCAACAAGCAGAUACACUCACAUUGGUCUCUAGAGCAUUCUACAACGAUCAAUUGGGCAAAUACGAAAAGUUCAUGACUGAGCUGUUCGGAUAUGAUUGUCUGUUGCCAAUGAAUACCGGCGUAGAGGGCGGAGAGAGCGCGAUCAAAAUCGCUCGCAAAUGGGGAUAUUACGUUAAGAAGAUCCCGAAGAACCAGGCCAAGAUAAUCUUCGCGGAGAAUAAUUUCUGGGGAAGAACACUAGCAGCUGUUUCGUCGUCGUCAGACCCAACAUGCUAUGAAGAUUAUGGACCUUACAUGCCUGGUUUCAAGCUUGUACCAUUUAACAACAUUCAGGCUCUCGAAAAUGAGCUAAAAGACCCAACGGUAGCCGCGUUCAUGGUAGAACCAAUCCAAGGCGAGGCUGGUGUUAUCAUCCCUAAUAAUGGAUAUCUGAAGAAAGUGCGCGAACUCUGCACCAAAUACAAUGUAUUGUUCAUUGCUGAUGAAGUGCAAACUGGAUUAGGUCGCACAGGCAAGAUGCUAGCUUGCCAACACGAGGGAGUAAGGCCAGAUAUAGUGAUUCUUGGCAAAGCUCUCGGCGGCGGUGUGAUCCCAGUUUCUGCUGUUUUGGCUGACCAUGAAAUUAUGGAUGUGAUUAAACCUGGAACUCACGGCUCCACGUUUGGCGGGAACCCUCUGGCUUGCGCAGUUGCCACUGAAGCAAUUAAGGUAUUAUUAGAAGAGAAGAUGGUUGAAAACGCAGCGAAACUGGAAUCAGUGUUUCGAGAGGAGCUAGAGAAGAUCCCUAAAAAUGAGGUGGUCACUGUUCGAGGAAGGGGACUCAUGUUUGCUAUAGAUGUUCAUGAUAAUCUUCCAGCAGACGAGGUAUGUCUGCGUCUCCGCGAUGCAGGUCUUGUGGCCAAGACGACACACGGUCAGACUAUUCGCCUGGCUCCUCCACUUGUCAUUACAGAAGCCCAACUCCGUGACUGCACUAAGAUCAUCAGAAGUGUUUUCGAGAACUUCAAGAACUAACAAUAAUUAUUUUCGGCCUUAUAUAUACUUACAUAUUGUCUAUAAAUAUUAUUGUUUUUUGCAAAAAAUCUUAAGAAUUGAUACAACCUCAAAUAGCUUUUUUUAUUAAUAAUUUUGGCUUGGAUAC